CUGCCAACUCUUAGGCCGCUGUCGGAGCAUCCCCUUUAACCUGCGAGAGAACUUUCACUUUGUUAAAUUGAACCUGUGCCUGGGUCAGUUCCAACGAACUCCUUUCUCUGUUUCAAAUACGCAUUGACUUCACCCAGCUGGAGCAAAGCCUGGGACGUGGAGCGGGGUCCGUGGGGCCUUCCAGAUUAGAUAAAUGUAAUGACUGAGACUCACCCACACGGUAAACAGCGUCUCAAGACCCCUCCAGCAACCCAAUAACUCGUCCUCCAAUCUGUGGCCAACUUCCCCUAUCAGUCACCUCUUGGUAUGAGGCGGCGGGAGAGACCUGGACUACGAGUCUUCACUCCUGGGUUCUCGUCCUAGCUUGAUGACACCUCCUGCCUGGCGUUCUCACACAGAUCCUACCAUAAUUGACUGACAGGAAAAUAGACUCACGGAUCUGACAUCACCGCCAUAAACUAACGCUUGGAUGAUUCAAGCUGUCAGAGCCCUGGGACUUGAGACUUCCAGAAAAAUUCCAGCCCAAAAGCAGAAGACUUCUAUGGAGAAAGAUGCUAAGCCACAAACAGGUUUUGGUGGGUUCUUCCGCUCAGGCAGAGUGAAGUGCUUCCGGGUCGCCGCCGCCUGCCGCCUCCCGGCGCGUCUAGGAGCCAUGUCCACCUUGUUUCCCUCACUCUUCCCCCGUGUGACUGAGACACUGUGGUUUAAUCUGGAUCGACCCUGUGUGGAGGAGACAGAGCUGCAGCAGCAAGAACAGCAGCAUCAGGCCUGGCUCCAGAGCAUUGCAGAGAAAGACAACAACCUGGUACCUAUUGGCAAGCCGGCCUCAGAGCACUAUGAUGACGAGGAAGAGGAAGAUGAAGAUGACGACGAGGAUAGUGAAGAGGACUCGGAGGAUGAUGAGGACAUGCAGGACAUGGAUGAGAUGAAUGACUACAAUGAGUCACCUGAUGAUGGAGAGGUCAAUGAGCCUCCUCUCCAGGUGGACAUGGAAGGCAACGAGCAGGAUCAGGACCAGUGGAUGAUCUAGGUAGACAAGGCAGGGUGGUCUCAGGAAGAUUCCAGGCCCACCCAACCUAUCCUGGACCCCCUGCGGAUCCAGCUGAUCACCCAACCCCCCCCCCCCCCCCCCCCCGCCCCAGUGCCUGAAAGCUAACCCUCGGGCACCUCCUUAGCUGCUGCCAGCACCUGGUAUCCUUGGCCCCUCCCAGGCCAUCAGUCUGCCCUUGAAUCCGCAGGGCCUGAGCCCACCCCACCUUUCUGGCCAGCACCUCACCCCUUGGUUGCCAGAUCUAGUCUCUUUCUAACUCUCUUUAAUAAAGACACAGGACUGAUUUUUUUC